AGAAGAUCCAAAUUUUUUUUUCAAAGCGAUUUCUUUGCUGGAUAAACGUUUGUCAAUCAUGCCUCCUGUGCCACCAGAGAGUCGCGGAGACGACGGCAGCGCGCCGUCCACAAGCCCCAGCGACACUGUGCCAUGCACCUACUGCGUGGGCGUCAGCGUAUACACUAAAGCCAUGUGGCGUGAGCGUCGGACUCCGGACUGUAAGGGUAUCCAAGUGGAUUUCAACUCCAGUCGUGAGCGCCUGCAGGAGAUGAGGGAUCGAGCGGCGCAUCCAAGGAAGGAAGAUUUCACCUUCAUAGGCGUCGGAUUGUCGACUUAUUCGCCCGAGUGGAUGGAAGAGGGCAAACAUUUGCCACACGUCAAGGGAAUCGGCAUCAUCGCCGUCCACACGGACAACGACGAGCUCAUGAAGCAGAUUGAGGAGCGUAAACGUAUCAAACGCGAGCUACGCAAAAAUGCAGGCAACAGAGGAGACCUGCAGGACGGAGACGAAGACGAUGAUCUGGUGGAGGACGAGGAUGACGACGAUCUGUUCGACUUUGAUGAUGGAGAAGCCACGGACGACGGCCAGGCGCUUGUAGGGAGCGAAGUGGUUCGUGGUCUGAAGACACCACGAGGACCGGCAGUAGUCCCGGCGUCGAUAACUAUGGGGGAAGUGAAGGAUCGGAUUGUGGAAAAGACCAAGUACUCGGUGAACGCCAUGUAUAAGUUCUGGGAGCGUCGACUGGAUGGCUUCAGUGACAGGUAUGUGGACUCGUGUCGACGACUGACGGAGCAGAUGGAGAAGCAAGUGAGCAAUACACCGCGUAAUGUCAUGUGGCUUGUGCAUCGCAUCGACGAGUAUGUCUUUGGGAAGGAUGGAGGUGAUAAGAAGUAAGAGGCAAUAAGAUAACACAGACAUCCAACUACGACAAUGAUGACGGUGCAGUGCCCUAUACGGGCCUCUCUUAAAACUUUGUUUCCUCGCUCCCUAUGCGGAGGAAAUGCUCUCUUUUCUUACCAAACCUGUCGAUACUCUCCAC